CAAUUAUUGCUUUUAACUCUGACAUUCUUUAGUUGCUAAUCAAUUUUAAAACAAAAGUGUGGUAAUAUUUAUUUCAAAUGCAAAAUUUCAAUUAUAAUUAACCUAAAAUAAUCAAACAUGGGAGAAAAUGAGGUUAUAUUUUUAUGUGUAAAUUUGUGCCGCACCGAAUAUAUUUAACUUUUUUUUCGGUUUUUGUAUAAUUAAGAACUAAAAUGUCAGAUGUAGUUAGAGAUUGUGGUUGCAAGGGAUGCAGAACUUGUCUUAUUUGUGAAAGAAAAUAUGAUGUGAAAAAAAUUAGUUGUGUACCAGUAAAAGAUACAUCUAAUACAUUUGUUUAUUGUCCUUUAUGUGAUAAAGCUUGGUAUGGAUCUGACCCAUAUCUUUACAAAGAUCAUCCUAAUCAUGUAGGAGAAUCUAUAGAAUAUCCCGGUGUCUUUAUACAGCUAGACUUUUUAAGUGAAAAUGAAGAAGGAUUAAUGAAAGGAAUUGAUGAAAUGCCUUGGGAGUUAUCACAAAGUGGUCGCAGAAAACAGAAUUUUGGUCCAAAAACAAAUUUCAAGAAAAAGAAAUUACGAGUUGGAGAAUUUGAUGGUUUUCCUGCAUUCUCGGAGUUUGUGCAAGAAAAGCUAGCUAAAGUACCUCUUCUCGAGGGGUUUCAGGUCAUAGAGCAAUGUUCUCUGGAAUAUGACCCUCAAAGAGGGGCAUCAAUAGAUCCUCAUAUAGAUGAUUGCUGGGUUUGGGGUGAAAGAGUAGUUACAGUGAAUUGUCUUUCCGAUUCUGUUCUCACAAUGAACAAGUACUCUGGCAGUGAUAGUAAAUAUAAUUUGAAUCUAGUUCCUACAUAUAAAAAUGAAAAUGAUAAAAUGAGCAUUAAUCUACCAGAGGAUACAUUAGUAUAUUUACCUAUGCCAAGACGUUCACUUAUUGUUCUUUACGGCCAAGCUAGAUAUGAUUGGGAGCACAGUAUUUUAAGACAACAUAUUCAUGAGCGCAGAGUCUGCAUAGCUUAUCGAGAAUUCACGCCCCUUUAUCUUGAAGGAGGACCUCAUCAAUCAGAAGGCAUAGAAAUUUUGAAAAAAUCUAAAAAUUUUUGGAAACAUAAAAUUCUUCAUAUAAAGAAUACAUAAGUUAUUUGUAAUAUAUAAAUUUUAUUUUAUUUCCAGGAUAAUUAACAGUUUACAUAGAACUUAAUAUAAAACUAA